CCACAGGGCUACAAAGUUCUGUUUAACUCUAAGUAGAAAUUUACGAAGCAGUCGGCAUUUAACCGCCAUCGUUGAACGCUUUGUUGACCGCUAAUACCAUCUUCCCAGUGUCUCGGCGACAACCUGCCUAACAUGCCAACGAAGCAACUUGUGUGUCACUUACCUCCCUCAUGAGUCUUCUAAUGAAGGAUCUGGACACCAGACUUUAUCGAAUCUAUCUAGCUCAUUCCACAGUAACCCCCCUUGGCGGUUCGAGUCGUAUCAACCUCACAGAUGCGCCAAUAUUUCAAUGGCAGCGGGUGACAGAGUCGAACGCCAUGGGUGCCUCUCCGGCAUUUCUCCCGCAGGACGUGGACAUCACCCAUCUAUUGGAGCCCUUCACCAAUCCAAGUUGCGGAUUGCUAAUGGUUUGGCAAUAUUCUGGGUCCAAUAAGAAGUCUUCCGCUGAGGUUGAUCGCCUUGUUCAUUUCCUUCUGCACCCAAGUUUCAAACGAGAAGAGCUUGUCGGCUUCAGUUGCGCUCGCGAGGAGACACUAUUGGUCAAAUUUUUACAAGAUCCAAAGUAACAUCGAAGGAAUUGCAUCGAAAUCAAUGCAAUCACAACACGGGUCUUCAUCGGCUGGGAGAAGGAGUGUGUUGCCCGCGGGGAUCCGUAUUCGUGUAGGGCAUUCGUGUAGGUGGAUGGAACGCGCACGGGGUUGAGAUAAAAGAAGAAGUUUUUAGACGAGUGUCUGGUCAUCCAUAGACGCACGAUUUUGCGCGCUUAAUUGGUGCUGCUGCGAGCACAUAAUGCUAGAGGACUCUCAGGCCAGGUAAGUAAUCUUAAGU